ACCCGGAGAUAGCAUCAAUGGGUGCACCAAAAUUUACGCGUAAAUUUUUGUCAGAAUGACCUGAGGGCUCUGCGGCCCCGUGCUGAGCCAUGACUCGCUUAUUUGUGCGGAAAUUUAUUACCGAGACGGUUUACGAGCCGGCAGCCAGCCCUUCUUCACGGGAGGUCCGCUCCGCAGUUGCGCUUGUGUGUGCGACAACUGCACCGCUGUUCAAACGUUCGUAGAAAGGUCAAGUUAUGUCUUGAGAAAGUGCGUACAAACUUCGUGCACGUCGCGGUGUGACAACGCUGCGAUGACAGCAGACUAGCCGGCUUUCUCAAAUGGCUGUCAACUCGCCGGCUACUUCUCAGCGCCAGCAGGACGAAUCGUCGGCCGAUCAGAAUGUGUCGUUCGAGGAUUACGUCGGUGUGCUGUGCUACUACAGUGAUACGCGAUGUGGACUUGUGGACUACCCCAUCAAGGGCCUCUGGUUGCCACACAAAGAAGUCGUCCCCGGCGAAAGCUGGGACACUACGAUGGAGACCUUGCUGCGAGACUUGUCCAUCAAGUCGUUCACCAAUCAGGGUAUCAUACAAGUGUUACGGAUACAACCAGCUCUUCAUCGGCCCUUUUUCACGAGAGUCAUCUUUGCAGUGCGAGUCAACGAGCCAAUGGAACAGCCUGCCGAAGAAACGGCGAACCCGAUACACAUCCAAUGGGUGUCUGCCGAGGAAAUUCAGCGCAUGGUAAAGGUGCGGCCAUUGCCGUUCCUCGGGGUGGAGCCCGCCGAGCUCUGUAAGCUGCUGCUUCAAAACCGGCAACCGCCCGUGCCGUGCGAGUUCCUCGAAAUGAACGCCAGCACGCCUCUGACGGCACAGGGCUCGCCCACUCGACCCAGCGUGCCCGCCCGAGAAUCACAGAUCGAGCAGAUGCUGGAGUCAGCGAAGUUUGGCCAACAAGAGCAAGAUGCUGUACGCUUUGACUUCUUCAAAUUUACUAAACCGAGCACGUACAUGAACGAAGCAACAUUCCAGAGGUACGUCACCAGCCUAGGUUGGGAGCGGUCGCCACUGCUGUCCGACUUGUUCAGAGCGAUGGAUGUGCACAAUCGUGGCGCGCUGACCUACAAGGAGCUCGUACUAGGUCUGGCAGCCAUGGAACCAGGAACCCAGCACGGCGGGAACCCCGGGGAGCAGCGCUGCCGUCACAUAUUCCGCCUCUACGACACCAACUGCGAUGGCAUCAUGCAGUAUUCCGAGUUCAGAAAAAUGGUUAAGGACAUUCAACUCAUGAGAGGGAUCACCAUGGACGAGGCGGCACUGGACAAGUUCACUGCUACGAGUGCUGUGAGCUUUAACUUGCCCACUGGUGGACAGCUGCCUCUCAAUGAGUUUCUUCUGGCCGUCGGACAGCUCAAGUUCAGGGGUACGUCGCUGCUGUUCCGGUCGCCGUCUUCAGUGCUGCCCACGCUCAAGAAGAAGUACACACAGGAGUCGCUCAUUGAGCCCACCACCAAGAGGUCCAAAAUGUUCCACCCAACCAUAGGCACCGACAACAUGGACCAGAGUGCCGUGUGUGAGUACUCAGUGUCAGCUGAUGCCACCAGCCGUUUUCCUCAUCAGGUCGGUCAGUACGAGCUGGCAACUCACUCGGUGAAGGUGCGUCGUACCGGCACCCUCGUGGACGUUCUCUCGCUUUGGCAAUUAAAUGGCACAGCCGCUCUCACAAAGAGUUCUCGACUGGGCGAAAAGACGCGGUUCGAGAGACUGCCUUCGAUGGAUUCGUUCAACCAAAAGUCCCAUGCUAACGAGAUGCUAGCGGGGCUGCGCUACUUCGAGAGAGCCAUCCGCAAGGACAACUCAGAGGGACGUCCCGGAGCGGGCCGCAUGUCUAAGGAUGCCUUCAGCUGGGGCGCGGUGGACCAUGAGGCCCUGGCACGCUGCCUGCUAGCCAUGUGCCGGCAGACGCGAGACAUCAUGUUCACCGAGCCGCGUCUGCUGAAGCUCAGCGUGCCCACGUACAUCCUUGGCGACAUUCACGGAAAUUAUCGGGACCUGGUGUGCUUUGAGAAGGCGCUCUGGCGAAUGGGGCCUGUGCUGACUCCGGCAAACUUUCUCUUCCUUGGUGAUUAUGUUGACCGAGGAGAGCAUGGUGUGGAGGUCAUAGCACAUCUGUUCGCUCAGAAGAUACUGGCCCCUGACAAAUUCUAUCUCCUCAGAGGGAACCACGAGGUGCGAAGCGUGCAGAAGAUGUUCACCUUCUACACCGAGUGUGUGAACAAGUUUGGAGAACGGGUUGGCGUAGAGGUGUGGGAGCAGAUAAAUGCCUGCUUCGACGUCAUGCCAAUCGCCGCUGUGGUCGACACUAAAGUGUUUUGUGUGCACGGGGGCAUCCCUCCUCCGUGGCUCGGUGGCGGCUACCUGGCUGCGAUAAACCAGAUUCCGAAGCCACUGAAUGAUCCGGAAAGCCAGUCAUCGCUCGCCUGGGAACUCAUGUGGAGUGACCCCAUUUCCACUGAAGCAGAUCAGCAAAGGGACUUUGUGCCCAACAUGAAGCGAGGCACGGCGCACAUGUUCAGUGCCGAAGCCCUCGAAGAGUUUCUUGCCCGCAACGAGCUCUCCCACGUUGUCAGGGCUCAUGAGGUUCAGCAGGCUGGAUUUCAGGUACAGCAGAAGGGCAAGUUGUUGACUGUCUUCUCGUCGUCACACUACUGUGGUGGGUCGAACGAGGCGGCCUGCAUCCUUGCUGACCGGCAGAAAUUGAGGACGAUUCGACUGGACACUACCUGAGAGCCACGCGUGCUCUCUCAUUGCUUUGCGUUUUUUCUCGUGGCUGCUCUUUGUGUACAAAGGUGUGGCGGAGAAGUUCAGUGUACAGGGUUAUAAUUGAUAUUUUCAUACAGCAGGACCGCAUUGCUGGCGUGCACAUACAUUUCUUAACUGUGUACAAAUUAGAUAAAACUGCUUCGCUGUUUUUCUUUUCGUUAUUGACUUGAAGCCUCUCAUUUUGUCAUGACUGUUACGUUGCUUUAGUUCCAGUGUUCAUGUGGGGGCACCGAAAGAGUGUGCCCUUAUGUUCUUUUAGUUAUUGUGCAGUUUUUAACGUUUUAACAUCUAGUCGCUUGUUCACUGAUCAGCGAUGUCUAGGGCAUUAGGAAUUUAGCAACCAACUGCUAUCAGACAUACAUAGUGUCCAUCACUGGCAUGUCUAACCGUACGAUAACUUGCUAUGUUUUGUUGAGAGUGGCUUAUAGCUUGUGUGAAUGUAUGAGCCUGUAGUAUGUAUACAGGGUUCCUUUUUCACAAUGUGUCUAAGUUAGCUCGAAGUACUUCACCUAACAAUAACCUUCUCUCACCCGUCUGUGGAUUCUUAUGUGGCUAUCACACUACCAAUUAGCAACACACAUGGAGUUACCUAGUGAGUGACUGACUCUGCUGAACAUAAGAAAUAUUUAUUGCUAUCAUGUCAAGCAACGUGGUACUGCUAUUUUAUCUCAUUUGAGUGGCAUUGUUUCGUCUGUCAUGGUUAGAAGUUACGCUAUGGUAUUACAUGCUUGCGAGUGCGUACAGAAAUAUUUUACUACUAAUACAUGUUCUGAAGCUGAGUUCAAUACUAUGUGGUAUUGUGUACGAACCAGUUACCUACCUACUAGAUGUAAUGAACAUCAUUUACGAAAUGGGCUGGGUUUCUGUUUAUCUUACUUUCGAUGUAGCCCUGCGCCUUGCACAAAAUGUUGAGUUGAACCUUCGCCCUUCUUAUACACUUGCGGGCUGAUUGAGUACUGUCAGAGACAGUUGUGCUGAGAGCCAGUACCAGGUAGUUACUGAAAAGUCAUGUGUUCACACACAUGCCCCUUUUACUACAUUUAGUGUUGCAUUUUAAGUAUUGUCGGUGGGAAGUCGUUCAGCACUUUGCUCUAAUCAACGAGCAGUGACUGGUUGCAUCCAUGUGAUAACACUUUUUCACAAACGUAUAAUCUUAAGUAUUCAGUGUUAUGAGAGAUAUAGAGUGUAGUUUUUUGAGCGGGCUAUAAUUAGCUUUUUUGCGCAGUCAUUAAGCAUCAACAGCAGCAAAAAAAAGUAAAAAGUGGCAUCACACGUGCUGUCCUUGCGGGUCAUCUUCUGUUCCUUGCUGCUUGCAAGGACGCUUCACCCCCUUUGCUUCUGAGCUCCACUGUCCUCCUUACAGCUAGCACCAUUUUGUGGGUGGUGUGGAAACUCAAGCACUUUCAGUAUUGCCAUAUUCAGCUUUUCGUAUACGUAACUACAGCUUCUUGGCAAUGUGUCAUUUACGUCAUUGGGUGCAAAGUAAAUGCGCCUAGUAAAUGCAUAGAACUCGGUUAUAACGUAUAUACACUAUCAUGCUAGCUCUUUUUUUGUACUACACGACUUUAGUGGGAAUAUAUAAACCUGCAAAAAAACAAAACAAAAAUAAAAAGAAUAUUCAGGCUGCCUAGAAUUUACUGGCAGUGUCUAACCAGUAUGACUUAGCUCAUAUUAAUCCUUAUCUGUGCCAUUAGUUUUCACAUAGUGGUGACCUCAUUUUUUCUCAAAUUGUUGAAGCUCAAGUUCAUUCCAUUGUUGAUCUCUCCAUUUUCACCGUCGCAAAAGUUGCCCUUUGUGGUGCGGGAGAAUAUGUGCAUGGUAGCCGCGUUUUGCACAAAGCUUUUUCACAUUUAGUGGUGUGUAGCGGCGAUAACUGAGCAUGCUUUUCAUGUUUGGGCAAGCACAUGCAAGUUUAACAUCGUAAUGGCAAACGAAAAAAAAGCACACCUGUGAUACUGGUUCUUGUUGCUGUGUUGACUGCGUUGAUAUUGAGUUUCAUAGCAUGCACUCCAGUUAGUCUCGUAUAGAGUUUGGGUAUGAAUCCUGUACGUAUGCUGUUUGUGUACAGCGCUCAUGCAUUGAAACAUGACAAUUGAAGGCUGAGUAAUGCACAUACUUUCGCGUACUCUGCCUUCAUUUGUGUCAUAUCAGCGCAAGCUUGACUGAAAACUUUUAUCAAUGCUAGUGUUACCUUCAGCAGCCUGAUUCGUUGCAACGUGAUGCGGUUAUCCCUAAAAAGUUCGCAUGCCAGUUGUACUAAACAGUCGUGAUGUUUCGUUCCGAUUUCGAGCACUGUACAUUUGAGACACAAUGAUACAGGAAAAUUGAAUAUGAACAAGAAAUCUCAGAGUUUAAUAGGCCUUUGCAAUUGAUAAGCUCGAAACACUGUCUUCGACAGCCAACUAUGCUGGCUGCCAAGGUAGUUUGGGUCUUCAAAGUAAACGUGCAAACCGAAAUAAUGCUGAUAACGAAAGAAUGUCUUUAGUUUACCCAACUUGUUCUUUUUCAAUAGUCCAUGACAGCAAUCGCGUUGCACUACUUUCGUGCUGAUUUUAACAAAAUUCAUGGCAUUUAAAAGAUAAACAUUGUGGAGUGGUUGUCAGGAACAGGUGUACAAUUUAAACUCGGCUUUCAACAUAGUGCUUAAAAUUCAAGGAUAGCAUAACCUUAAGUGUCAUCGGUUUAGCGUGUUGUGAAACUUGUGCGAAUCCGCAUGGGAACUAUAGAUUGCUGCUGCCGUGCAGGUGUGCAUGCUCUGCAAAACUUGCCAAAUUUUUACAACUUAGCUACUUAGAGGACUGCCACAACCGCUUUCAUUGUGGCAGUGGUGUGUGGCAAUGUGCUUGACACCAAGCGACAAUCAAAUAAUAGCUAACCACACAACAUGCAAUGGAGUCUUGAAUGUUUUGCUUUGAAACAUAAUUAUAAAUUUUUGUAAAUUAGGAGCUACCUAGCAUAUACCACAUUAUAUAACCAUAUACCACCAUACCUAUGAAACAUUGAACGAGCCUGUUUGGUCAAUGUUCACGGCUGAAGUGUGCUUAGUAUAACACUGUGGGAAAAUAUGAUAAAUAAUGAUAAAAAACGAGUGAAUGUACAGUAAAUUCUCUGCAAACGAAACCUGAGGGACCAGGAAAAUGUAUUUUGCUUAACAGGAGUUCCGUUUAGUGAGAGGUGAACAGGGGUGCAGAACUCGGAUAUGAAACCAAUCGCGCUGGAGGCAGUUGUUGCAUUGUUUACUGAGAGUCUACUGUAUGUCCAUUUCACUAUAACGCUCGAUGCAAGAAUGUGUCAUAUCAUUGUUCAUCACUUUUAUUAGUGUUCUGCUAAGCACAACUGAACCACGAAGGCCACAAUAUUAUUGUGUAACUUCAUAAACCUUUUUGUAGGUCAGCUAGCAAUUUGUGCGGACAUGAAUUGGAAAUUUAUAGCAUGAUACAGCAAUUUACGGGAGUUGUUAUGGAGAGGGGAUCGAAAGGAAUCUGCAGGUGUUUUUGGCAGUAAAACACCUUUCAGAAACCCAGCAAGCAGACCCGUCGCACUUUCUGCGGAGAGUUUAAGAAAUAACAGUACACUCUUGUUUGUUUUCAAUAUAUCAUUUGUUUGGACUGGCAUACACCUGCAAACUAUCUUUGUACAAAUAUUAAGUGUGACACUUGGUCUGUAUCAGAAACAGCAUUUUCUUUCGAAACUGUAAAUUUUAUGUUCAUUCUUUACUAUUUUGUUCGUCUCGUGUUCAAGUGUGUUUCGCCAAAUGAAACGUUUCUUUGAGCGCAGGAACGAAGAAAAACGUUCAGCUGUAAAUGAAAAACUUGAUGUUCCUUUUGAGUUUUGACCUUUCGAAAUGGAGGGAAUCAAAUCUGUGUGUAUUGUUGGCAGAGGUACUGCUGCCUUUCAGUUUUGUUAGAUUAAUAUUAGUGUUCAUUAAAUUUAUGUAGUAAAUGCUUUAUAAUGCUGAGAGGCUCUUGGCAAACUUCUCUCAGCUGAACUGAAGAUUUUCAAUAUGUUGUCUUGAUUACAGAAAACAAAAGGAUUUGAAAUGUUGCC